UUUUUUUUCGGUCAUAACAAAGUUUUCGAAAAUGUACUUUUUGAUUUUCUUGUUGCUUGCCUCAAUUUCUGUUUCAAGAGCAGAAAUUGACAUCCAAUCACAAGAUUUUAUCGAUUCGAUCAACCAAAAGCAAUCGCAUUGGGUCGCUCGUCGAAAUUUCCCCGAAAACACCACUAAUGAGUAUCUCUACAAACUGAACGGGUUUCUCGGACUUCAUCCCGAUCCCAAUUACAUGCCCGAAAAAAUCAAGCACAAUUUCAACCCUCAAGAUAUCCCAAAGACUUUCGAUGCCAGGAAAAAGUGGCCAAAGUGUGACUCCCUGAACAGAAUUCGGGAUCAAGGGUCUUGUGGGUCUUGCUGGGCAUUUGCAGCGGUGGAGACGAUGUCUGACCGAAUAUGUAUUCAUUCGUCAGGAGCAAAGAAAUUUUUCUUUUCGGCGGAAGAUCUUCUUUCUUGUUGUACAGCUUGUGGGAGCUGUAGCGGAGGAUACAUGAUGGCUGCGUUCGACUUUUAUAUUAAACAAGGAGUCGUUUCUGGUGGAGAUUUAAACUCAAAUGAAGGUUGCAGGCCGUAUACUGCAGAUGCUCACGACAAAGGCGUGACUCCUUCAUGCACCAAAAGUUGUCGCAAAGGCUAUCCAACUAGUUACAGUUCAGAUAAGCACUAUGGCAGCAAAGAUUACAUUGUUGAUGCUGGAGUUAGCAACAUUCAGUACGAGAUUAUGACCAAUGGACCUAUUAUUGUAAGUUUUAAAGUGUACCAAGAUUUUUAUAAUUACGGGUCUGGAGUUUACCACCACGUGAGUGGAAAUUAUACCGGUAAUCAUAUUGUUAAAAUAGUGGGAUGGGGCACUGAAAAAGAACAAGACUACUGGCUCAUUGCUAAUUCCUGGGGCAGUAGUUGGGGUGAACAUGGAUUUUUCAAAAUAUUAAGAGGCAAAAAUGAAUGUGGGAUUGAAAACAAUCCGUAUGCAGUAUUGCCUAAACUUUGAACAUAUUUUAUUUAGUGCAAUUCUGAUUUUUAAAUAAAGAUGUCGUUGAACUUAA